AUGCAUUUCCAAGCGCUUGCAUCGUCUAUACUUCUUCUCUCCAGCGUGGUUGUGGCACACCCUGGGCAUGACCUCACCGACGAGAUUCUUGAGAGACGAUCUUUCAAAAAUUCCGUCCGCCAUGCCUCACUUAGCCACUGUGCCGAGAAACUGAAGGCGCGCGGGGUCCAAUCUCGCAACCUGGAGCGAAGAGCAGCAGCAGCUGCCAUGGCUCGCCUUUCCCGUCGUGUUUCCAGGAGAGAUACGGACUCGGUACUCGGCGAGUCGCACAACAAGACCAGCCUCGGCUAUUCUGAGAACACCAGCGUCUCGGAAAUCUUUUCUGGGAAUGCCUCGUGCGUACUUACACCAGAAGUUACCCAAGGUCCAUACUAUGUGGGCGGAGAACGGAUCAGAAAGAACGUCACUGAAGGCCAAGCCGGAGUGGACAUAGCCCUGGACUACCAGGUCAUUGACGUUGACACGUGUGAUCCCGUGCCAAACGUCUACGUUGAGAUCUGGCACUGCAACUCCACCGGUGUCUAUUCCGGCGUUGUCGCCAACGGCAACGGGGACUCAUCCGACGAGACCAACAUCAACAACACCUUUCUACGAGGCAUACAAAAGACAGACUCGGACGGUGUUGCCCAGUUUGACUCGCUGUUUCCCGGGCACUACACCGGUCGGGCGACGCACAUCCACGUCAUGGUGCAUACCAACGCAACCGAGCUGUCGAAUCAAACACUGGGCAAUCAAGUCUAUGCCAGCCACGUAGGACAGGCCUUUUUCGACCAAGAUCUGAUUACCGCUGUCGAAAAGGUCGAGCCAUAUGCCUCCAAUUCGCAGCCAUUCACCCAGAACUCGGACGAUAGUAUUCUGACCGAAGAGGCUGAUACGACUGAUCCGCUGAUGGCCUACACAUUGUUGGGAGACAGUGUCGCCGACGGUCUUUUUGCCUGGCUGGCAUUUGGCAUCAACACAUCCUAUGUAAACGAAGUUCAGCCUGCGUCCUUCUAUUACGAGUCGGGCGGCGUUGAAAACCCCAAUUCUCAGUUCGGGGGUCCUGGGGGGAAUGGAAGCGGCCGGCCUGGGGCAAGCAAUGGCACGGGCACCUCGGGAGGGAUUUCCUCGCCCACCGCCAUCAGUAUGGGAAAUAGGUACACCAUUGGCGCUGUGACCUUCUCCUUGGUAGUACUUAUGCUGCCUCUGCUCUGGCUCUAG